CCUGCCCUCGCCGCCCUGUACGCUCUUCCUCCUGUUAGUCGAGGUGACUUCGAUCUUGAUACAGCAAGGACGUCUUCACACACUGUCCUGCCUAUAGAGCUAAGUACUGGCCUAUACGACAACUCGCCAUCAAGCAUACGAUCAUACUCUUCAGCCUUCCUUGAGAAUCAUCAUCGCCCCCGUCCCCUAGGAUAACGCAGUCUCCAAGCGUCCAGCCAUUCAGCAGACAGAGCCCCCGCAUCCCCUGACAGACACACGCCUCACAAUGAACACACGACCACACAAGCAGUCCAUGUCGGAGCUCAAGCUCAGGAGAUUAACAGAGCACAAUCAGCGGUUGAGGGAGGAUAUGGAGAGGCCUAGAGUCAAAGUAUCCGAAGCUAGUGCUAGCCUAAUCGCUUACUGCAAAUCCACCCGCGACGUGCUUGUCCCUUCAGUGUGGGGGCCUCUAGAGAAGAAGGAGGACCCCUAUUCGCCCGCUGGUGCAGGUGGAUGCAAUUGUAGGGUCAUGUGAGACUCCACCACGGCUGAGGGCUGAGGUCGAGGUGGAGAUACGUGGGAGUCGAGGAGACUUCUCUAAGGGCAGAGGAGACUUCUCUAAGGGCAGAGGAGAGGAGAGCGGAGAGGAGAGGGAGCGACAACGGC